AUGUUGAAGAGGCAAGUCGAAACCCCAGGGGCGAUUGGCCGCCUGCGAGUCGGUGAGCUAGACAUGGGCGGCCUCGUGGAGUCCGUUUCGAACCUGUCAGGGCACUCCGUUGCUCCGACGUUUGAAAGCUUUUCGGUCGCCGCCGCCGCCGCCUACGUUCAGAGCCUCGACUUCGAGAAUAAAGCGCUGCGCCGUCUCCUCGUUGACAAAGCCGUUGAGCCGGCUGUGGAUCAGACGGCUCAGGUGGACGAGUCACUGAAUCACACAGCGAUUAAGCUUGUUGUGCGAUGGGCGUCGCAGGGUGUUUGA